CUGAAGCUCUGGUCACAGUCCGGGCCCGACACUGGAGCAGUGAACGAAGCUCCAGGCCAGGAGAGCAAGAUCCCCACGUGCAGCACCAUGACCAGCAAGGGUGCAGAGAGCGAGCACCCCUCCGUGACUCUCUUCCGCCAGUACCUGCGCAUUCGCACGGUCCAUCCCAAACCCGACUAUGGGGCUGCCGUGGCCUUCCUGGAGGAGCAGGCACGCCAGCUGGGCCUGGGCUGUCAGAAGGUGGAGGUGGCACCUGGCUAUGUGGUGACUGUGCUGACCUGGUUGGGCACCAACCCAGCCCUCUCAUCUAUCUUGCUCAACUCCCACACGGAUGUGGUACCAGUCUUCGAGGAACACUGGAGUCACGACCCCUUUGAGGCCUUCAAGGACCGUGAGGGCUACAUCUAUGCCAGGGGCACCCAGGACAUGAAGUGUGUCAGCAUCCAGUACCUGGAGGCCGUGAGGAGGCUGAAGGCUGAGGGUCACCGCUUCCCCAGGACCAUUCACAUGACCUUUGUGCCCGAUGAAGAGAUCGGAAGUCAAAAAGGUAUGGAGCUGUUUGUGCAGCGGCCUGAGUUCCAGGCCCUGCGGGCUGGCUUUGCCCUGGACGAAGGCCUGGCGAAUCCCACUGAUGCCUUCAAAGUCUUUUAUGGGGAGAAGUGCCCCUGCUGGGUGCGGGUCACCAGCACCGGGAGGCCAGGCCACGGCUCACGCUUCAUUGAGGACACCGCGGCCGAGAAGCUGCACAAGGUUGUAGGCUCCAUCCUGGCCUUCCGGGAGAAGGAAAAGCAGAGGCUGCAGUCCAACCCCCAUUUGAAGGAGGGGGCAGUGACCUCCGUGAACCUAACCAAGCUCGAGGGCGGUGUGGCCUUCAACGUGGUCCCUGCCACCAUGAGCGCCAGCUUUGACAUCCGAGUGGCCCCGGAUGUGGACAUGAAGGCCUUCGAGCAGCAGCUGCAGGCCUGGUGCCAGGCAGCUGGAGAGGGUGUCACCUUCGAGUUUAUUCAGAAGUGGACAGGGGCCCCGGUGACACCCAUUGACGACUCAGACCCCUGGUGGGCGGCUUUCAGUGGAGCCUGCAAGGACAUGAACCUAACUUUGGAGCCAGAAAUCCUCCCAGGAUUCACUGACAACCGCCACAUCCGAGCAGCAGGCAUCCCGGCUCUGGGCUUCUCUCCCAUGAACCACACCCCGGUGCUGCUACACGACCAUGAUGAGCGGCUGCACGAGGCAGUGUUCCUCCGUGGGAUUGACAUAUACGCACACCUGCUGCCUGCCCUGGCCAGUGUGCCUGCCCUGCCUAGUGACGGCUGAGCCCCCAACUCCCCAACUCCUGUCCAAGACCUUCCUCUUCCCAUGCCCACUAAUAAAGUGUGUGUGGAUGGGGCUGCCUCAAAAGGACA